AAGAACAGGCUAAUCGACGACAGCAGGGGAGCGUCACAGAGGGGUUUCUGCUUUGCAUAUUGUUGUUCCUUCUUUCUUUUCUUUCUUUCUUUUUUUUUUUUUAAUUUUUAUUUUAUGUUAGUUGGAAAAGUAAAUAAAUAAUUAAAUAAAAUUCUCACUACUUGCUUUUUUUGUUCCACUUUAUAUCUCUACUACUUUACUUUGUUCUCUGUUCUUCUUCUUCUUCUUUGGCUAUCUGGGUUUGUUCUGAAGUUUCUCGCUCUCUCAGAAGCUUCAACAAUGACAGACAUCAGCCACCCUCCCAUGGAACAACUUCAAGACCUUGAGUACUGCAUAGACUCCAACCCUCCUUGGGGAAUCGAAAUGGAACUCAACUUGGAUGUAUGAUCAUGUCAUGCACAAUUGCACAUCGCUCGUGCUUUUGUCAUGGCCACCUCAAAUCUCUUUGCAUAUGGAGGGUUUCAUCUUGGCUAGAUAGCCUCGCUUAAUGACGAGGAAAUUUAUUAUAAUUAAAAAGAAAAGAAAAUAAUGCAAAGAACACUUCUUGCCUUCGUAAUGGAAGAAUUUAUCGAAAAGCUUUCUUCUUUCUGAUCAGUUCACUGACUCAAAACAAUGUUGGAAAAUUAUUUUAUUUCCUCCUAUUGUUUGAUUAUAAUUGCCUAGUUUAUAUUGGAAUCAACUCCAAAUUCUUAAGAGUUUAGUCAGUGGAUCAUCCUGGAAAGCAGUGUAUUGUUAUUACAUGUCAUUGUAUGCUGCUGAAAAGCCCAAUAUAUCUAAGCCGCCCAGGCAAAAAAUUUGUAUUAUAGAAUGAUAUGUUGUAUCUCGUCAACUUAUCAUUGUUUGUUUGCUUGACAUUUCCAUUUAUGUUGCAGCUGAAACCAUCCUUUUGGCAUUUCAAAACUACAUCAUGAUGUUGGGUACAAGUGUUAUGAUUCCUUCAAUGCUGGUGCCUGCAAUGGGUGGAAGUGAUGGUGACAAGGCACGUGUAAUACAGACCCUCCUCUUUGUGGCCGGUAUUAACACACUUCUCCAAGCACUUUUUGGAACCAGGUUGCCAGCAGUUGUUGGAGGUUCCUUUGCCUAUGUCAUUCCAAUAGCUUACAUUGUCGGUGACUCCUCAUUGCAACGCAUUAAUGAUCCCCAAGAAAGAUUUAUUCAAACAAUGCGAGCUAUUCAAGGAGCUCUAAUUGUAGCUUCAAGUAUACAAAUUAUCAUGGGUUACAGUCAAGUUUGGGGCCUCUUUUCACGAUUUUUCAGUCCUCUUGGUAUGGCACCUGUAGUUGGAUUGGUUGGUUUGGGACUGUUUCAACGUGGAUUUCCUGCGUUGGGAAACUGUGUGGAAAUUGGACUUCCUAUGCUGCUGUUGGUCAUUGGAUUUUCACAAUAUUUGAAGCAUGUGAGACCAUUUAGAGAUGUCCCAAUUUUUGAAAGAUUUCCAGUAUUGAUCUGUAUUACAAUUGUCUGGAUCUAUGCCCUUAUAUUGACUGCCAGUGGGGCCUACAGAGGCAAGUCCAAUAGAACUCAAGUCAGCUGUAGAACUGACAGAGCAAACCUCAUAUCUACUGCUCCAUGGUUUAAGUUCCCAUAUCCUCUGCAGUGGGGCCCUCCUACAUUUUCAGCAGGUCAUUCAUUCGCAAUGAUGUCAGCAGUUCUUGUUUCAAUGGUUGAGUCAACCGGUGCAUACAAGGCAGCAUCUAGGCUGGCAAUUGCCACUCCUCCUCCAGCUUAUGUUUUGAGUCGGGGUAUUGGCUGGCAGGGAAUUGGUGUCCUGCUCGAUGGUCUUUUCGGAACAUGCUCCGGUUCUACUGUAUCUGUGGAAAAUGUCGGACUUCUUGGACUGACCCGAGUUGGGAGUCGCAGAGUUGUUCAAAUUUCAGCUGGCUUUAUGAUUUUCUUUUCUACUUUAGGUAAAUUUGGAGCUGUCUUUGCAUCCAUACCCUUCCCUAUAUACGCUGCACUGUACUGCAUCCUCUUUGGCCUAGUUGCUUCAGUUGGAUUAUCAUUUCUUCAAUUUACAAACAUGAACUCCAUGAGAAACCUCAUCAUCAUCGGGCUUUCCCUGUUCCUUGGAAUAUCUAUCCCACAAUUCUUCAAUGAAUACUGGACUGCCUCACAUCAUGGUCUGGUUCAUACAAAUGCUGGAUGGUUCAAUGCAUUCUUGAAUACCAUAUUCUCAUCCCCCCCAACAGUUGGUCUAAUAGUGGCAGUGUUCCUUGAUAACACCUUAGAAGUGGAAAAGUCCAAGAAAGAUAGGGGGAUGCCAUGGUGGGUCAAGUUCAGAACAUUCAGAGGAGAUAAUAGAAAUGAAGAGUUUUACACUCUUCCAUUUAAUCUCAACAGAUUUUUUCCACCUACUUAGCCAAGCUCAAGAGUCGAGAGAGAGAGAGAGAAAGCUCUUCUUCUAACAUCUUUGGAAAGAAAGAAAAAAAAAAUUGCCAAUAUUCAUCCUUUGUCUAGCUUAUUUUUUGGUGGACCUUGUAGUUUAAUUGGUCCAAAAUUAGGAUUGUAGAGAGAGCAUUUGAUCCAUUCCAUGUUUUGUAGAUGCAAAUAAUUAAUAAAAUUAGAGAAUUCAAUUCUCUUUUUCUUUUUUA